CGGUAUUUAGUAAAACCGGCGCGAACAUUUGGCGCCGAAAUUGAGAAUUCCAUUGUUGAGGCAAAGUGUAAAGAAGGAAAUACAACAAAGUGAAAAAGAUGUUCGUGAACAAACGAGAUGGAAGACAGGAGAAGGUCAUGUUUGACAAGAUCACCUCCAGGAUCUCCAAGCUCUGUUACGGACUCCAUGCAGACUUUGUGGACCCUGCGGCCAUUACCCUGAAGGUGAUCAAUGGACUGUACCCAGGAGUGACCACGGUGGAACUGGACAAUCUGGCCGCUGAAACGGCUGCUACCAUGACGACCAAGCACCCCGACUAUGCCAUCCUCGCCGCCCGCAUAGCUGUCUCCAACCUCCACAAAGAAACCAAGAAAGUCUUCAGUGAUGUAAUGGAUGACUUGUACAAGUGGAUCAACCCCAAGACAAACAAACAUUCGCCAAUGAUUUCACCUGAGAUCCACUCCAUCAUCAUGAAAAAUGCUGACCGUUUGAACUCUGCCAUCAUUUUUGAUCGGGAUUUCAACUACCAAUAUUUUGGUUUCAAAACCCUGGAGAGGUCCUAUCUACUAAGAAUAAAUGGGAAAGUUGCAGAGCGUCCUCAACACAUGUUAAUGAGGGUGGCCGUGGGAAUUCACCACAACGAUAUAGAUGGUGCUAUAGAGACCUACAACCUUCUGUCAGAGAAAUGGUUCACCCAUGCAUCCCCUACCCUGUUCAAUGCAGGAACCAACCGGCCCCAGCUGUCGAGCUGUUUCCUGCUGACCAUGCAUUCUGACAGCAUUGAGGGGAUCUAUGACACCCUGAAGCAGUGUGCCCUGAUUUCUAAGUCUGCAGGGGGCAUAGGACUCAAUGUGCACUGUAUCAGAUCUACUGGUAGCUACAUAGCAGGAACAAAUGGAACAUCUAAUGGACUGCUGCCCAUGCUGAGGGUGUACAAUAACACGGCCAGAUACGUGGACCAGGGAGGAAACAAGAGACCAGGUGCGUUUGCCAUUUACCUGGAGCCGUGGCAUGCAGACGUUUUCAUGUUUCUCGACUGUAAGAAGAACACUGGCAAGGAGGAGCAGAGAGCUCGGGAUCUGUUCUACGCCAUGUGGAUCCCUGACCUCUUUAUGAAGAGGGUCGAGAAGAAUGAGGAGUGGACCCUGAUGGACCCUCAUGAGUGCCCAGGGCUACAUGACUGCUGGGGGGAGGAGUUUGAGACCCUCUAUCAAAAAUAUGAACAAGAAGGCAAAGGAAGGAAGACGAUCAAGGCCCAGCAGCUGUGGUACGCCAUCAUUGAGGCGCAGACAGAGACGGGGACACCGUACAUGUUGUACAAAGAUCACUGUAACAGGAAGUCCAACCAGCAAAACCUGGGAACUAUCAAGUGUAGCAACCUGUGUACAGAGAUCGUAGAGUACAGCAGUCCAGAUGAGGUGGCUGUGUGUAAUUUGGCAUCCAUUGCUCUCAACAUGUAUGUGAAACCAGACAAGACGUAUGACUUUGAAAAACUGAAAAGUGUCACCAAAGUGAUAGUACGAAACCUGAACAAAAUCAUUGACAUCAAUUACUACCCAGUGCCAGAGGCUGAGAGGUCUAAUAUGAGACAUCGACCAAUUGGAAUAGGUGUACAGGGUCUGGCGGACGCCUUCAUCCUGAUGAGGUAUCCAUUUGAAAGCGAGGAGGCACAGCUCUUAAACAAACAAAUCUUUGAGACCAUUUACUAUGCAGCUUUAGAGGCAAGCUGUGAAUUGGCAGAACGGGACGGGCCUUAUGAAACCUACCAAGGAUGCCCCGUCAGCAAAGGGAUUUUACAGCAUGACAUGUGGAAUGUAACUCCGACAGAUCUCCACGAUUGGAAUUCUCUUCGGGCAAAAAUCAAGAAACACGGCAUAAGGAACAGCCUGUUGUUGGCUCCCAUGCCCACAGCCUCAACCGCUCAGAUCCUGGGGAACAAUGAAUCCAUAGAGGCAUACACCAGCAACAUUUACUCCAGACGAGUGCUGUCAGGGGAGUUCCAGGUGGUGAAUCAGCACUUGAUGAAGGAUAUGACAGAGAGAGGAUUGUGGGACGAUGACAUGAAGAACAAAAUCAUCGCCUACGGAGGUUCCAUACAGAAUAUAGAGAAAAUUCCUAAAGAAAUCCGUGACUUGUACAAGACUGUGUGGGAGAUAUCCCAGAAGACAGUGCUAAAGAUGGCUGCCGACCGAGGAGCAUUCAUAGACCAGAGUCAGUCGCUAAACAUUCACAUUGCAGAGCCGAAUUAUGGAAAACUGACCAGCAUGCACUUCUAUGCCUGGAAAUUGGGCUUGAAGACAGGAAUGUAUUAUCUGAGAACGAAACCCGCCGCCUCUGCCAUUAAGUUUACUGUGGACAAAACAAAACUAACACAACCGUCGGGAAAAUCGGCCGCCGAGCAGGAAAUGGAGGAGACCACCCAAAACAUGGCGGCCAUGGUGUGUUCCCUACAGAACAAAGAGGACUGUAUGAUGUGUGGCUCCUAGGGGGCCCAAGAGGGGGAACCACAGGGGUUUAUGAGGGGAAAUCACAGAGGUUCACGAGAGAAACUGCCAUAAUGUACCUAUGUACAUCUACUCUUGACUUAUGUGUCUACUCAACUUCAUUGUCCUUUACCUAUGUUAUGAGAUGUUGAUUUAUGUGAUACUGUAUUAUUGUAUAGGAGAAGUGCUACACAAAAUUUUCAUUAAAUAGAUCUUUUAAUUAAAAAAGAUUAAGAGGUUGAAAUGAGCUCUUACUUAUUGAAUAUUAUAUUAACAUUUGUAUCUUUUUAAGACAAGAUAAAUUGUCUGAAGAGCUAAAGCUUUGCAGUUAGGCUCAUACAUAAUUAUGUUGGAAUCUUUAGAGGUCUUUUGAAGAAAAUUUUGAUUUGCAUUCUACUUCAUUAGGUGGUCAUUGAAACUAUUAGCCGUUUAUUUAUUAAAAUGAUAUCUUACCACA